AUGAAGUCCUGCAAGCCCAGCAACCCGGCGGCGGGAGCGCGUGCCGCGCCCCCGUGUGCGGGCGGCGCCGAGUGCGCGGGCACGUGCGCCGGGGAGGGGCGGCUGGAGAGCGCGGCGCUCAGGCGCCUAGCGGCCAACGCGCGCGAGCGCCGCCGCACGCAGGGGCUCAGCAUGGCUUUCGACCGUCUGCGCAGGGUGGUACCCCAAUGGGGCCAGGAUAAAAAAAAACUGUCCAAGUACGAGACCCUGCAGAUGGCGCUGAGCUACAUCAUGGCUCUGAUCCGCAUCCUGGCCGAGGCAGAGCGAUUCGGCUCCGAGCGGGACUGGGUCAAUCUCCAGCUGUUGUCUCUGCCAACAGCUGGUGUCAGGGUCUCUCCCUGUGCUCAGGUCAGGUUGGCAGGGAGGACGUGCCCCCAGGCCAAGGCCCUCCGUGCCUCUUAUUUUGUGUGA